AUGUGCCAGUAUUUUGGUCUUACCUGUGGUGGCUACAAGAAAGACAUCUUCUUUGACUUCGAAACUUCACCAAGGAACCAUGGGGUUCGCUUUCGGCGACCGUUGCUCACCGUCAAAGAGAGGGAGCGCAUGAGUCAAUGGCUGGUGUCAAGUGCGCCCCCAAAGAAAACCUUGAAGAUACUAUCACACAUCGAAGAUGAAUGUGAAAGGGCCGACACUACCGAUAGCGUCGAGAUUCACAAAGGCCCAUUUGGAGCUUUCAGAAUGAGCCCAGUUCAAACCGAGCCUGAGCCCACCUUUGAACCUACGCCGGACGAAAUUCAGGAUAUAGACUCAAGCUCACCAGAAGAUGUGGUUGACACGGGGAAUGCAUACCAAGUUCAUCCGCAUGUCCCUCUUUCGCCGUGGUCUCAAGGCAUGAUGCAGUUGAUGUUCGAUCAACCAGACGAAGUUCCUACUCCACCGUCACCAGGCUUCUUAGAUGCUAUGAUGAACUCAACUGAUGUUGGGAACAAUAUGGAUCCCCAAGAAUGUUUACCGAGCUUCAUGUCAGACCCCUACUACAACAAUCCUGUCUCACCUACUUCCCUCACCUCAUCUAUGGGCGGAUCGAAAGCCGUGCCACAAGAUGCAGUCUUCCUUCUCAAACACUAUGCCUCGGCAGUCAUCAGUUUAAUGACACCACUUCGACAUUCCAAGACACCCUGGCACGUCCUUUUUAUCCCUCACACCAAGACCUGUCUUGCGGCUCUGGCCCUAGGCGAUGAUAUGAGUGAUGCAAGUCUCUGUGCGUUCUAUGGAACCUUGGCAAUCAGUGCAUUCAGCCUUGGGGGAGUCUCAAGAUCCCAAACCUGGAGCGAGAAAGCUGUCAUGUUCAACCAGCAAGCCCAACAUCAUGCAAGGUCGAUGCUGAUGACCGCAUACAACAUCCCGAAAGUAGCUAAAUACAAAUCAAUAUUGAUGGCGCUUCUUACUAUGAUCCAAGUGACCAUGUUCUCCGGAAACAGAAGCCAAUCCGAAUUUUAUUUUUUGGAAGCAGAAAAGUUCAUCCGAAUGAGAGGGCUGAAACGCAAAAAAUCUCGGAAGGUGAGGUUACUUCACCACUGUUAUGUCUUUGAGCGAAUCAUUCAUGAAAGUGUAUUCAUCUGCGGUGCAAACUCGGGACAGCGUCACCAUGUUCGGACUGCCAUCGAGUCGAGCGGACUAGGCAGAUACAGCCUUGACAGUCUCUCGUUCAGGCUUUCAGGAUGGAAGAACCUGCACCAAGAAAUGAUGCGAGUACGCGGACAAGAGGAAGGUGAGAAUGAUUUACAUCUCGAAAAACCUGGGUUCUGGUCGAACACGCUAUAUCCAGAGAUAUUCGGCAUUCCUGAAUCAUGGAUAUUUCUUCUAUCUCAGAUCAUCCGACUUGGAAAAGAGAAAGAUGCCACUGAAGAAGAAGACGCGACAAAUUGCCUCAGUCUGAAAGAUUUCAUUGCGCGGGCUAAAACCCUCGAGGAAUACAUCAACAAUUUGCAACCCCCAAGCCUCGAGAUCACACAUUCUCAACUGGACCAAGACAUUAUACAGAACAUGCUUGAUGCCAUGAAGAAUGCAUUGGCAAUAUAUUUCUACCGUCGAAUCCACGAUGUGGACGCUUCGAUGCUACAGCCAAAGGUCGUUGCUGUUUUGGAGUGCUUGUUGCGCUGCGAGAAUGCGGACUCGACGGUGGUGCAUGGAUCUGCCGGAUUCAUAUGGCCUGCGUUCAUCGCGGCCUGCGAGGCUGAAGAUACCUCUGUACAGGCAGCUUUUACCGACUGGUUUGACAACUCAGCGUGUCGGAGUGGCCUGUCUUGCUUUAGGCAGACGCUGGUGGACAUUCAGAAGAUUUGGCAAGAGAAGUGCUGUGCUGGGAAGAGCGUCACAUGGUUGGAUCUCAUGAAGAGAACAAUGCCGUUGCAGCAGCAAUUUUAA